AGCUGCGACGCCAGCGCUCGCCGUCCGUAGCCGCCGCCGCUGCGGGGUUUAGGUAGCUUCAGAGACGGCCGGCUUUUGCCGGAUGGUUGCAGCAGGGGGAUCAUGACGGGGAAGAAGUCUUCCCGGGAGAAGCGGCGCAAACGAAGCGGUCAGGAAGCGGCCGUGGCGCUCACGGCGCCGGACUUGGUGCCCGCCCUAGCCAGUAGCGGCAGUGGAAGCACCAGCGGCUGCGGGAGUACCAGCGGCUGCGGGAGCGUCACCUGCUGUGGGAACACCAGCUUCAGUGGAAGUGUCACCGGCGGUGGGAGUGGAGGCAGCUGCUGGGGAGGGAGCAGCGUGGAGCGCAGCGAGCGUCGGAAGCGGAGGAGCACUGACUCAUCCUCCAGCGUCUCCGGGUCCCUGCAGCAGGAUACCAAAUACCUUUUGCCAACUUUGGAAAAAGAAUUAUUCUUGGCAGAGCACAGUGACCUUGAAGAAGGUGGACUGGACCUGACGGUGUCAUUAAAACCAGUUAGUUUCUAUAUAUCAGACAAAAAAGAAAUGCUUCAGCAGUGUUUCUGUAUCAUAGGCGAGAAAAAGUUACAGAAGAUGCUUCCUGAUGUGUUAAAGAACUGUUCAAUAGAAGAAAUUAAAAAACUGUGCCAGGAACAGUUAGAGCUCCUCUCUGAAAAAAAAAUCUUGAAGAUUCUUGAGGGUGACAAUGGUAUGGACUCUGAUAUGGAAGAGGAGGCAGAUGAUGGCACUAAGAUGGGAUCUGAUUUAGUCAGUCAACAAGACAUCUGUGUAGAUUCUACUUCAACUGUGAGAGAGAACAAGCAACCUGAAGGUUUAGAAUUAAAACAAGGCAAAGGGGAAGAUAGUGAUGUACUCAGUAUAAAUGCAGAUGCUUAUGACAGCGACAUAGAAGGCCCAUGCAACGAAGAAGCUGCUGCUCCUGAGGUCCCAGAAAAUACAGUCCAAAGUGAAGCUGGUCAGAUAGAUGACCUGGAGAAAGACAUUGAGAAAAGUGUGAAUGAGAUUCUGGGACUGGCAGAGUCUAGCCCAAAGGAACCCAAAGCAGCCACCCUGACUGUUCCUCCACCAGAAGAUGUUCAGCCUUCCGCACAGCAGCUGGAGCUGCUAGAACUUGAGAUGAGGGCGAGAGCUAUUAAAGCCCUAAUGAAGGCUGGUGAUAUAAAAAAACCAGCCUAGUUAUUUGACUUGAAUCUGAGUUCUAGGUGUGUUUGAGCAAAGCCCCAUCAUAUAAUUUUGUAUAUGAAGUUUAUUUUGAGUCUUAUGUGAUAUUUCUCAUGUAAUCCUUAUUAGAUAAACUCAUCUUAGGCCUAAAAUACCUGUGGUUUUUUUUUUUACUGUCGUUACUUUUAUAUAUGUGUUAUUGCUUUAUGAAUUCAUGGCAGAUAUCAUUGGAUAACCUGGAUACUUUGUUAGAUGAGCAUUUAGCUGUGUCUGCAAAUUAAUAUCUGAAAAGCGAUUAGCAAAGAGUCACUGUAUUUUUUCCUUCAUUUUUAAAUGUUUUGGCAUCAAACCUAAAAGCUUAAGAAAGAUUGACCAAGCAUGUUGCUCUUAAGGUUACCUAUAUUUUGUGGUAGAAUAUUAAAUUAUUGCUUUUAGAUUUGUUAACAAUUUAAGAAAUUUAGUCAUGCUUAUAUGCACUUUUAAAAUAAGUCUGUCUUGGAGACACCUUCUGUGGGUGUGAAUUUACUGGUAAAAACAGAAGAACAUUUUUUGUUGUAAGGCUUAGAGGUCUGAAAUGGCUGAGAAAAAUGUUUUUUAUAAAAGAAAAAAAAGGACUUAAGGCCAUUUUUAAAAAUGUAGAAGUAAUUGCCCAACUUUAAUUCCAGCAGACAAGCCAUUCUAACAGGUAUUUGAUAUUAUUGGACACUUGGUUCAAGUUUUUUUCUUCAGUAAAAAGGGAACAUAUUUGCAUUUACAUUCCAAGCUAUUAGGAAAAGAAUAUUUUAUUGUACAGGCUUUUAUCUCAUGUUUUUGCUUGAAGAUCUGAUGUGCUAUAAUUCCAUGAAUUAAAAAUAAUAAAGACUAUCAUCCUGGAUCUGAAGACUUUUGAUACAUUUCCAAAAGCAAAAUUAAUUUCAGGAAGCUUUGAUAAGUCAAUGUUAUAAUUAAUCUAAUUUUGUAUAGUUUUUGUAAAUAAAUUAACAUCCUGCACAAUAAUGGAUGCUUUUUGCCCCAUCACUAAUUGUAGUUGUUUGAUACUGAAAUUUAGGUAGAGACUCUUAAAAUAAAUUAAUUUUUUUUCUAAAAUAUAAAUCUGAAACCACUGUUUUUAUACUUGCUAACAAAUUACUAUAUUUUAUUCAUAAACCAUGCUCUACUAAUGUAUGAGGAUUUUCCUCAUACAUAAAACUUGUUGGAAUUGUGUUAUAUUAGCUGCCUUAAUUAUAUGUAAAUUUUAGAGAGUUUCUUGUGGAAAUAGAGAGUGUUUAUGAAACAUAGAGUUGCAAAGUUACAAAUUUAUUUUUUUGUUGUUUCUGAAUAUGCCUUUAAAUAAUCCUGUCAUAUUUCUCCCCCCCCGGGAAUCUUUCUAAUGUAGCACAGGCCUAUGUCAUCUGGGGUACUUCUCUUAGGCUGGUGAAUGUGGGUAGGAUUCGAAUAGUGAGUUCUGCUUCAAGAUGAAAAAGCAUUGAUUAUGGCAAAAUAAUUUUUUAUUCCAACUGGAAGUUAAAAUAAUAACAAAGUAGUACGGAACAAACUCUAUUGCUGCUUACUAAUUAUAAAAUGCAGUAGAUGACAUUUGUGUGAUUAAACAUAUAGCAGUAGAUAAGGGUCUGAGUGCUUUGUAGCUGCCUAGUUACCACCUUCAUGAAGCAUUGUGUGUCUGCUCUGUUCAUUGUGCAGAAUGGUCUAGAGGACAUUUGACUAGAGUGGUAUGUGUGAGGUAGAAUGAGCUUAACAAAUUAGAAGCCACUUAGUUUCCUACCUUGGAAAAUCAGCUCUUCUUCUCUUUUUUUUUUUUUUAAUGUUGAAAGACACAAAAGCUUUUUGAAAAAUGAAUGGCUUUGGAGAAUAGGAAUAUGUUUGUUUUAGGGAAGCCUACGUAAAUGGGAGGAUACCAUAUAUUGAUCUAAUGUUGCCAUUUAAAUUGUCAGCUCAUAGGUAUUUAUUAAAUACCUCUGAGGUGUUUAGUCUUGUUCAGAAUCUCAAACUCAGGGAUGUUACAGUAUAGAUUUUAGCACAGAAUAGACUGAGUAAUAGUAAAGAUACAGGUGCUACUGCUUUUUAUGCUUCUCCCUUUUGCCAAAGUAAGGAGAAUUUUUAUGAAAUGUGUAAUUAGUAAAUUAGAAGAUCAAAAAAGGUUUUGACAGCCUUAUUUUUUAUUCAAAUUGAAGUAAUCCUGGUAUUUGAUCAGGAACUUGAAUGAUAGGUGGUAACUGAUAAUAACAGGUCCUCUGCGUUCGGCCUUGGGCCACUUUUUGAUGAUCCUGCUAAUUCACACACUCGGUGAGGGGACAGGUUAUUUGCUUGUUUUAAUGUUAAUCUUUUCCCCAUCAAAUGCCUUUCUUGAACAUUUCCAGUCAAUGAAAUAAGGCAUAAUGGCAUAUGUAGCCUGUCUAUGUGAUGCCCUUGUUGGAUUUGCAAUUGCCUCUCUACGUUUUCUUUCAAGUAGAUUCCCUUUUUAAAGCAAAAAAAAGCUAAUGAAUAUUAUCAAUAGGAAUGCAAAUAUAUUUGUUUGAUAAUCAUUUUAAAAAUGCAUUGUGAUGAAGUGAAAAGCCUUUGAGUUAAGAGCAGAGGGUUCGAUUCUGCACAAACCAGCUGUGUUACCCUGGAAAGUAACUGUAAAAUGAAAUAAAUUGUUAGCCAAUAAUAUA